AUGGCGACUCUGCCCAGCGCAGGACUCCGCGAAUCCGCCCCUCUGAAUCGAGCCAAUGCCCCGCCCAUCACCAUGUCCGCCGCGUUCACCGCCGACGCGCACCAUGGCGCCGCAUACCCGGAUGUCAUCCUCUCGUCCUCGGAUAACGUGUACUUCUACGUCGUCCACGCCGUCCUUCAACGUGCAUCCACGAACAGCUUUGGCGGCCUGCUGCCGAUCAAAUCCGUCUCGCCCCUCGUCCUUCCGCUCGCGCGCGUCUCCGACUCAGCCGAUGUGCUCAACAUCAUCCUGCAUGCCAUCUACGACAUGUCCCCGGCCCGCUUCACACCAUCCCCGACCACCCUCAUCGCUGCAUUAGAGCGCCUGCCGGCCUAUGGACUCGCCAUCACCCAGUACGCGACGCCGCCGCGCCCUCUGUAUCAUGCCAUGCUUAUGCAGGCACCUCUUGCCCCUCUUGCCGUGUACACCGCUGCCGCACGCUACGGGCUGGAAGACCUUGCCGUGGCCAUGUCGCCGCACCUGCUCUCGCUCUCUCUAUCCAGCGUGACGGAUGAGCAGGCCGAGGCCAUGGGCGCGGUUUACCUCGGCCGCCUGUUCUUGCUGCACAAGAAGCGUAUGGAUGCGCUAAGGGACGUUCUUGCGGCCGAGCCUUAUCCGCAUCCGGAGACGCCAGAUUGCAGUUUUGUGGACCAGAAAGCAGUGGCUCGUGCUUGGCAGCUAGCGUCGGCGUAUCUUGUUUCGAAAGGGCGACCAGAUUUGCAUCCUCUCGCCAUACAGUCUACGGUCAAUUCCCUUGCAGCCAAAGUAACAUGCAAGCACUGCAAGGAAGUGCUGAGGAGGCGUCUGCAGAAGGCAGUCGUGGAGUGGAUGAUCAUUCUGGUAUAG